GACAGCUGACACUUUACUGACAAACCCAGCACCGGAGGAGGAGCAACUAGCUGAUAUUCAAAGGCAUUAAUGUUCGGGGACGGACAGAAAACUGGAGGAGAAUCUGCACAGAGCUGAACCGCAAAACCAACGACUGAGAGAGACAAGAGAUAUUUUCAAGCGGCAGGAAUUAAAAUCAGAGUCCCUUGGUAUUUACUGAACUUAAAGAAAUGCUGACCAGAGUUAUCCCGGCUUCAUGUCUGGCACUUUUGUUCUCCUCUUGUGCCAUCACCUUGGCACAAGACACGAACAUGGCCAGAGCUCUGAGGUUAAUGUCUGAGACCCCACUUAUUGAUGGACAUAAUGACCUGCCUUGGCAGCUUCUAAAGCAAUUCAACAAUGAGCUCAAUGAAGUGGAUCUUCACACGCUGAACACGACGCACACCAACAUCCCGAAGAUCAAGCAGGGACGGCUUGGUGCCCAGUUCUGGUCCGCCUAUGUACCCUGUGAAACCCAGUACAAGGACGCCGUCAGACAAACUCUAGAGCAGAUAGAUGUGGUUCACAGGAUGUGUCAGAAAUACCCAGAAACCUUCCAGUUUGUCACCACCAGCCAAGGCAUCAGGGACGCCUUCAGGGCGAACAAGACUGCCAGUCUGAUCGGGGUGGAGGGCGGCCACUCCCUGGACAGCAGCCUCGGCACCCUGCGCGUCAUGUACAAGCUGGGGGUCCGUUACCUCACCCUCACACAUUCCUGCAACACACCCUGGGCAGACAACUGGCUUGUGGAUACUGGAUCAGAACCACCUCAGCAUAAUGGCCUGUCUCCUUUUGGCAAGCAACUGAUUGCUGAAAUGAACCGUCUGGGGAUGCUGAUCGACCUGGCUCACGUGCCCGUUUCAGUGAUGAACCAGGUGCUGGACAUGUCCCAAGCUCCGGUCAUCUUCAGCCACUCCUCAGCGUACACCAUCUGUGAACACAAGAGGAAUGUCCCAGACGAUAUUCUCCUCAGAGUGAAAGCAACCGGAGGAAUUGUGAUGGUGAACUUCUACAACGACUAUGUAACCUGCAGCCAUACGGCUAACCUCUCAAACGUUGCUGAUCACUUUGACCACAUUAAGAAAGUGGCCGGGGCCACCAUCAUUGGCUUCGGUGGAGAUUAUGAUGGCGUUACCAGACUACCUGAGGGUUUGGAGGAUGUUUCAAAGGUGCCCAACCUGGUGGCUGAACUUCUGAGGAGAGGAUGGACUGAUGUGGAAGUCAAAGCUGCUCUGGGAGAUAAUCUUCUCCGUGUGAUGGCCGAGGUUGAGACGGUCAGUGGAACUUUGAAUAACCGGCCCCCUGAUGAUGUUCCUAUCCCGUAUGAGGAGGUGCAGAACCCCUGCAGGACGAGCUUUGGUUACAGAAAUGCUGGAGCCGUCCAUUCCCUCAGCACACUGGUCCUCCUGCUCGCGCUGGCUCUCCAGGCUGGUUUCACUUUAACACCUUAGUAGACGCGUCAUCUGUACAGCUGUUGGAUAGCAAGAUCCAUAAACCUUAUAUACAAUGUAAAACCUUAAGAUUUUCCGUCAAGUGUAAAUGAUUUAUUUCAGUUGUACUGAAUUGCACAUGUAACUCACCAUAAAAAUGACCUUGAAGAACUUGAACAGUAGUUGUCAUAGUUUAUUCAAACCAGAGUCAAUGACUGUUUCCAUCCACCAAUACAACAAUGUUGUUUAACAAUAAACAGUUAAAGCAGACUGCAGUGGGCAAAUAUUAAAGAUGAUGAUAUGGUUUGUACUGUAAGAGGUUGUUCUCAGAUUUUUACUUUGUCAAAUAAAGAAAAUAAUACAGUC